UUAACCUCGUGGCCGUGCAUAUUUGACUUCAUCUCGACGAUGAAGUAUACUGAAAAGUCUUUGUCAAGUUGGCGUCUUGGAAUGUCAAUGCCAGCUUUCUGAUGGAAUCCAAGCUUUCUUGCUUUGUUUUCCGCGGUUUACGGCUUGGAGAACUCGCUUGCCCCACGUUUCAUGUCUUCUUAGAUGGGAGUUUGAUGCAUUAGAAAGAAAGAGAGGAGGAGAGUGACAUUUGCGGUGCAGCCUCUGCUCCGCAUAUCCGGCCAGCAUUUGCUUGCUCGCCGCUACAGCGUCACUAUCUACCACCAUGGCAGGAGAGAGAUGUCAGGAGGAAUCGUAGUUCAUAGACCACAUGAAACAUAAAAGAGGGAAAGACGUCGACUUGCACAGGAUCUCUUCUCUGUGGAAAAACUAUGAAUUGGAACUGACAAUGUCGGUUUAAGACAGGUGGCAACUCUUAUUCAAAGAAAUGGAAGAAAGUUGGCCCUCCCCGUGGACUUCUGUGGCUGCACUCCUGCUCCUCUUCAUCUCUAUUUGGAUCUGUAAACGGAAUCAUCAAAGGACGAUUCGGAGAACUUCAAAGAAGUUGCCGCCAGGAGGAAGAAGUUGGCCUCUAAUUGGUCAUGGCCUUGAAUGGUACAUGGCUGUGGCGAGUUCUCAUCCACCAAAAUUCGUGGAAGAUCAAGUCAGGCGGUAUGGAAGAAUUUUCAGAUGCAAUCUCUUCGGUAAACAAGCAGUUGUCUCAGCUGAUCCAUAUUUCAACCGUUUCAUCAUCCAACACGAAGAGAAAUUAUUCCAGUCAUGUUAUCCAAAAUCCUUUAGAGAUUUGGUAGGCCGGAAUGGGGUCAUUGUAGUUCAUGGACAGCAGCAAAGAAAGCUUCAUGGGAUUGCUAUGGACAUGAUGAGGGCGGAGAAGCUCAAUCUGAACUCCCACUUCUUAGCGGACAUGCAGAUGGUUAUGCUUCGAGCACUAAGCACAUUGCAGGAUAACCAUGUCAUAGUCCUCCAAGACUUGUGCAGAAAGGUUGCUAUCAAUCUGAUGGUCAAUCAGCUAUUAGGUGUGUCUACCGAAUCAGAGAUCGGUGAGAUGGCUUGUCUAUUUUCGGAUUUUGUUGAUGGUUGCCUCUCUGUCCCAAUCAACUUGCCUGGAUUCACCUAUUACACUGCAAUGAAGGCAAGGAAAACUAUCACCAUGAAGAUCAAGAAAAUGAUAGAGAUCACAAGACGGCAAACCAGGCCUGCAGGAGAGAAUGGAGUCCUCGGGAGACUGGUCGAGGAGGAGAACUUACCUGAUGAUGUCAUCUCCGACUUCAUAAUCAACCUUCUAUUUGCUGGAAACGAGACGACUGCUAAAACAAUGCUGUUUGCUCUCUAUUUCCUUACUCACUGCCCCAAUGCAUUGGAGCAAGUGCAGGAUGAGCAAAUGAGCAUUAGAAGAAGAAGGGGCAGUGACAUGCUCUCUCGGGAAGAUUAUGAAGCCAUGCCAUUCACUCUCUGUGUCAUCGAUGAAACACUUAGACUUGGAGGCAUAGCAAUAUGGUUACUGAGGGAAGCAAAAGUGGAUAUCGAGUAUCAAGAUCUUUCUAUUCCAAAGGGAUUCUUCGUGGUUCCCUUUCUCUCAGCAGUUCACCGGGAUGAAAGUAUAUAUCCCGAGGCUUUGAGUUUUCACCCUUGGAGGUGGAUGGAUCAAGAGAACAAGGAUAAGAGAAAUUGGAGAACUAGUCCCUUUUACACACCAUUUGGAGGGGGUGCUCGGUGCUGCCCAGGGGCUGAACUAGCUCGACUUCAGAUUGCUUUCUUUCUACAUCAUAUUGUUACUAAGCUCAGAUGGGUUCAAGUCAAAGAAGAUAGGAUGUCAUUUUUCCCGUCAGCUCGGCUAGUGAAUGGAUUCCAAAUUUGUAUAACCAAGAAUCCUGAUGAAGUUGUAGGCUGAUACAUCUGACAGAGUUGCUCAAGGAAAUCGAGUUUGCCGGGUUUUCACUUUGUCAAUGUACAUUCACUAGACACUGCUGGUUUCUAUACUCAUCACAAGCUUUUAUGCUCUUCAAAAUGCAGACGAGGGUUUACAUGUAGUUAUUCUUUUUCUCUAGAAAUAUUUGUCAUGAAAACCAUGCUAGAUAAUUCGAUGUUUUAGUACUAGUCUUCAUUCAUUUGGGCACAUAUUGUAUCUUGUUUUCCUGGUGAAACUUGGUUGUGAUCAUUGAUCUGGUUGUUUCUGAUGUCUCACUCAAAACCAAAAUGCCAACUAGAGAUGGUGAUAUGCUGUUUUCAGAAAAGUGUAAUAUAAUUUUGAAGCUAGUUAGAUUUAUGAUAUGUUUGUGGAAUUGGGUGACUUAAACAACUCAUUAUAUCGAGCCGCAUUAUCAACUCGGAGUAAGUGAGCUUUUGAUAAGACCCUUAGGGUUUUAUCGUGGAAGAAGAGGAAUAAAAGGGAGGAUCGAGGAUCACUUCGAGGGAUCGAUCUCCUAGGAUUUAUCAAAAUAUUAAAAUAAUAUUUUUAUUAAUUAUUAAAAAAAUAUAUAUACAUUUCUAUUUAUAGAGUUUCUCCAACAACUCUCUAUCUUUUCGUAUAAAGGUUUUACCAUUUGACUAAAACGGAGGAUUAAUGUUUGUCCGAGACGUUGACAAAGUGGCCGGCAGAGAUCAAGUUGGGCUGAGUAGUGGAAAGCAUUGGGCCAUCUUAUUUGGGCCCGAGCUUUGUGAAGCUCAAAAGCCUUGCGCAGACCGUCUUAGGAAUCGAAGCUUCGAGCUAUCGCGAUAAGGCCACCCGAAGUCCCCGUUUGUUUUCUAGGGCUUUCGGCGCUCUCUCUCGAUCGUGUGGUUCUCGCCGGAAACCGGUGGCGGUGACGUCGGUGGGCUAGGGUUUCUCUUCGCUGGCAAUCGCGAACCAUGGCAGGAAAGGAAGUGCGAGAGUACACCAACCUCAGCGACCCGAAA